CGCAGGGCCCGCGGUGAUCGGUGUCGUCCGGCCGCGCGAUGCAUUGUGGGCGCGGCUGAGGAAGUAAAAUGGCGGACCUGGCGAACGAAGAAAAACCUGCCAUUGCCCCACCUGUCUUUGUAUUUCAAAAGGAUAAAGCACAGAAGUCCCCUGCAGAGCAAAAAGCUUUGUCGGAUUCAGGCGAGGACCCCCAGGGAGAGGUUGAGCCCCCCUACCAUGGUCUGGGUCACACAGAACCAGCUGGUGAGUGCGACUCUGAGCACCCUGCUCCUGCUGUGGCCUCAGUCAGUGCUACCCUGAGUCCUGCUUCUGAAGCCCAGCUUGCUCCUAUUCAACAAGAACUGGCAGGGAGAUCUGCAGAUGGAUCAAGUCCAGAAGAUGGAGAUGUUUUUUCUACAGAAUCUGAUCGAGAGGAUGGAAGCUACUGUCCACCUGUAAAACGAGAGAGAACUUCAUCUUUGAAUCAGUUCCCUCCUUCUCAGUCAGUGACAAAGAACAAUGUCUUUAUGCCAUCAAGCUUUUGUGAACCCUCUGCAGGCAAUUCUGACUCAGAACCAGAGGAAAAGAGCAGUGGAUUCCGGCUGAAGCCACCAAUACUUAUCCAUGGUCAGGCACCUAGUGCAGGUCUCCCUAGCCAGAAACCAAAGGAACAGCAGCGAAGUGUGCUCCGUCCAGCAGUACUACAGGCACCGCAGCCAAAAGCUUUCUCACAGAUGGUUCUCAGCAGUGGCACCAAUGGUGUAAAUAUCCCUCCAGAUUCUGCAGCCACAUCAGAAUCACCAAGUGAUGCAACAUUGAAAAGUUCAGACUCUGAAGACAAGGCAGCAGAAUGUCAGAAAAAGGAGUCCAACAAUACUUCAGAUGAUGACUGCUCUGAGAAGGCUGAACUAAAUGCACAGCAAGCAUUCAUUUUUGGGCAAAAUUUACGAGAUAGAGUUAAGCUAGGAGAUGAAAGCAACGAAACUGCUGAUGUGCAGAAUGCUGGCCUUCUGACAUCAGAUAUACCUUCUGCAACAAACUAUUUUCUACAGUACAUCAGUUCCAGUGUAGAGAACUCUACGAACAGUGCAGAUGCAUCUAGCAACAAGUUUGUUUUUGGACAGAACAUGAGUGAGCGAGUCCUAAGCCCACCAAAAUCAAAUGAAGGUAGUACAGAGAGUAAUAAGGAGAAUGCUGCUACAGAGUCUGGGUCUGAAUCGUCUUCUCAGGAGGCCACACCAGAAAAAGCUAAUAAUAUUUCAGAAUCACUGGCAGAGUCUGCAGCAGCCUAUACUAAAGCAACAGCAAGGAAGUGUUUAUUAGCGAAGGUAGAAGUGAUUACUGGGGAGGAAGCUGAAAGUAACGUGUUACAGAUUCAGUGCAAGCUGUUUGUAUUUGAUAAAAGCUCUCAGUCUUGGGUGGAAAGAGGUCGAGGACUCCUGAGACUCAAUGAUAUGGCCUCAACAGAUGAUGGAACAUUGCAGUCUCGGCUGGUGAUGAGGACUCAGGGGAGUCUCAGGUUAAUCUUAAAUACCAAGCUCUGGGCUCAGAUGCAGAUCGAUAAAGCCAGUGAAAAGAGUAUCCGGAUCACCGCCAUGGAUACAGAGGACCAAGGAGUUAAAGUUUUUCUUAUAUCAGCAAGCUCUAAAGAUACAGGGCAGUUGUAUGCUGCAUUGCACCAUCGGAUCUUGGCCUUGCGCAGUAGAGUGGAACAAGAGCAAGAAGUCAAGAAUGUAGCCCCUGAGCCAGAGGUAACGCAGUCAAAUGAGGAAGACAGUGAUGAUGAUGAUGUCAUUGCACCUUCAGGAUCAGUUGGAAGUGGUCCUAAUGAUGAAGGUGAUGGGCAGAACGUUGGCAGCACAUAGCAGAUGUGAGCCGAUCUGCUUGCAAGGCUGCUAUGAACACCAUCUUGCAGGCAUCUCUGGAUACCCCAGGCCAGCAAUUCUUUCAGGCGGUUUUGAAAGCUCCAGGACUUAAGAACUGUGCAUCUCUGUUCUGUUUGUUUGGGUUUUUGGUCUGGAUCAGUAGAUUCCACACAAAAAAUAGCAGACUUGGAAACUACCUGAAUGUGGUUUGGGACGUUGAAAGCUCAUCAUAUUGAUGAGCAAAAAAAAAAAAAAAAAAAUCCAACCCCAAAACAACAUAAACACAAAAUGCAACCACCCCCAACCAUUUCCCCUCUUCCUUGUAAUUAAAAUGGCACAUUACAGCUUGUCACGUCACAGCUUUUCAUUGGGACCUUUUGGCUGUUUCUUCAAUAGUUCAUGUCUUGCAGGUCUCCAAGAUAGAACUUUUCGAUAUGGUUCCAACUCGAAUUCUGCUUUUAUAACCCCUACUCCCCUUUACGCAGGGAAACACGGUCCUCACUAGCUCCUAUGCUCACUGGCUGCCCUUUUGGGUUCCUUUUUUUUUUUUGGACUGUAGAUGGGGCAGGUUAUGUUUUUACCUUUUAAUCCCAACAUAGGUUGUGGAUGUGGACACCAUUGUUUGCUGUCUAGUGGGUUUGUAAACAGAAAGAAACAAAACAUUGUGAUUCACCAGAAAAGCUUUUUUAAUGCGAUAAGAGACUUUAAAGUCUGCAGGACGUUUUGCUAACUCCUUUUUUCUUCCCAUUUCAUUAUUAUUUUUGGGGAUUUAUAUUGUGGUGAGACUUUUUUAUUUUAGUUUUUCAAUAAGAUGCUCUUGUGUGUUAAAAAAGUGAAACUAUUGUUUUGUACUGUUCUUUUCUGUUACUAUUUAAGGGAGAGCUAAGCCACUAUAUAUGAUAGAUGUUGCAUACAAUUUUUCUUAGAAAAUUUUGUUGUGGCUACAGUAAAGUGAAGGAGGCAUACAGGUUACACCUUCAGAAAAGUUAAUGACAAAACAGCUGUUAGCCCUUGGAAGAAUAAAAUAGGCUCAUGUAAUGAGCUCUGCCAGCCAUUAAAAUAAAUCUGUAUAAUAAAGCAGCUCUCAUUUAAUGGCUUGAUUCAACAAGCCAUUUAAGCACUUGCCUGACUUAACUGUAUGUGAAUAAUCUUACUGAAGUCAAUGCAACUCUUCAUGCUUAAAGUUGAGGACCUUUUUUUAAAUCUUGCUGAAUUAAUGGCCUUAAAUAGAAAAUUUAACUUCUAAACCCUUUUUGUCCCUGUUCCAUUUCCUGAAGUCUUGCAGCAUGAAGAAAAAGGUAAUACUCCCAGCCUUGAGUAGUUUGGGCUGAAGGUUAUUGUAUUCUGUUCCACCACAAAUAAAAGCAAAAACGUGGUUUUCUGUGUGCAA